AUGAAUCCAAUAGUUCAAAUGAUUUUUUUUUCUGUAUUAAAAAAAAAUGUUGCUAAACAUGUUUAUUUAAAUGAAGAAGAAGACGAAGAAAUUCCUAAUAAGAAUUAUUUAUCAAAUAAAAUAAUUCAACAAUCAACAAUUCGUAUUGAUAGUAGUGAUUUAAUUUCACGUUGUAAACAUUUUCUUCCAUUAUUAACUGAUGCUAAUAAAACAUUAUUUUCAAAAAUCAAAUCAGGUGAAAAUGUUCGUAUUGAAUUAGAUUCUGAUCAAGAUAAUGAAAAUGAUGAACAAACAAUUGAAAUGGAUUUAAUGUUUUGUCCAACUAUUGAUACAUCAUCAGAAUCUGAUAAUACUUCUGAUGAAAGUGAUAAUAAUGAUCAAAUAAAAAUAACAACAUUACAAUCUAUUAAGAAAAAAAAUCAAGUUAAUAUUAUUGAAAUUCAAUCAACAAAUAAUAUUCAAGAUGAUGAUAAUAAGUCAGAAGAUAUUGUUAACAAAUAA